CGCUUCGACACUCGCUUGAUCGGGUCUGUGGUGCUGGCAGGGCGGAGGUGGCGGCCCCGGAGCCUUGCGCGGCCCCCGCUCCCGGAGUGCGGCGAUGGGGCUGGGCUCUAGCUCUGAGAUCCCCGACGGGGGCGCUGAGGGCUUUCAUGUGCACGGGGUUCAAGAAAACUCUCCAGCUCAGCAGGCCGGGUUGGAACCUUUCUUUGACUUUAUCAUCACAAUAGGACACACCAGGCUAAAUAAAGAAAACACCAUGUUGAAAGAUCUGCUGAAGGCAAAUGCUGAGAAGGCAGUGAAGCUGGAGGUGUACAACAUCAAAUCGAUGAAAGUGCGCGAGGUGGAGGUGAUCCCUAGCAACAUGUGGGGUGGGCAAGGGCUUCUCGGAGCCAGUGUGAGGUUCUGCACUUUCCAAGGAGCCCAUGAACACGUGUGGCAUGUUCUGGACGUAGAACCCACUUCCCCUGCAGCUCUAGCUGGUCUGCAGCCCCACACAGACUACAUUGUUGGAUCAGAUCAGAUACUUCAAGAGUCAGAGGAUUUCUUCUCACUGAUUGAAUCCCAUGAGGGGAAGCCAUUGAAGCUGAUGGUGUAUAACACGGAAACCGAUUCCUGCCGAGAGCUAUUCGUAACUCCCAAUGGAGCCUGGGGUGGAGAAGGAAGUUUAGGAUGUGGUAUUGGAUAUGGCUAUUUGCACAGAAUUCCAGCACAGCCUGUUAUGCCAAAGAAGAAGCAAGAAGAAAUCAAACCACCUUCACCUUUGCCAUCGGAAGACAGAUCCCCUGUGCCAUCUACAAAUGGCUACAUAGAGGCUCCAUUGUUGGCACCUAAUUCCCAAAGGGACAGCUCUGAAGAAGUUAUGAACUUGGAUGAAUCCACGGGUCAAGAAAUGAAUAUGUAUUCAAUGGAAAACGCACUUCUCCCUCCUCCUCCUCCUCCUGUCCAGAGAGUUAUGGAUCCAGGUUUUCUAGAUGAGUCUGGUGUUUCAUUUCCUGAAAUUGUUGACUUAACGAAAAUGCCUAACUUACCUUCCUCUGCCCCCUUCAACAUGUCAGCUGCAGAAUCUUUGGCAGGGACUGAAAGUUUAAUACCUAACGAUGGAACAACUACUUAUUUUGAGCAUGCCAUGGCUUCAGUCCCUGCAGAUCUAACCACAUACGCUGAGGGCUCAGUUACACAGUCACAGUUGGACCAUUUAAUGCCUUCAUUGUCCCCUUUACCAUCCUUUGCUCUUCCUAAUGAUAUUUCUUCAAAGGCAACACUAAGAACAGAUUCUGAUGCUCAAGAAACUGAACUACUUGAGGGCUCACCAUCCACUAACCCACUGAAACUUGACAGCGAUGAAAAGACACAGGAACUGAAAGAAGCUAUACAAGACUAGCACUAAAAAGGACACUUCCUUAUGUCGUCAAUCUGCAGUCUGCCAUAUGCUGUCAUGCUACAUCUUGAAUGUUGACUUUUUGAUCUCUAGAGAUAACUACAACUAUUCUAUUUUGUUAGCAUAGGCAACGCUGUAAGAGUAUACAGGUCCCAUACGCAGCACUUGUUCUCUUAUUAUCUCUUCUUGGCAUUGUUUGCUAGAUGGAACUUUUAUUUAAAUGUUAUGCAAACUCGGAUUAGUCUAUUGAUCAUGCAUCUAUUUGUCCUUUCAAAAAUAUCAGUUUUUAAAGAUUGAAUAAUCUGCUGGAGAUUAGAAAAACUCGCUAAUUUUUCCUCUGUUAAUAAGCAUUAUUACAAUUGUUUUUAAUUUGUUGAUCCAAAGGCAUAAUUGCCUUUAUGUAAAGAAUAAGCUACAUUUUAAUGACUGUAUUUCCCUGGUAUCUUCUACAGCAUUUAAGAAAAAUGCUAGUCAUAAUUUUGACUUUCCGGAAAACAAUUUUUACAUCUUGACCCAAUUUUCCUGGACACACACAUCACAUUUUUAGAUCAUAUAGUUUCAAAAGAAACUUUGUUUUUUACAGACUUCUUAAUUAACAUGAAAGUAAUGCAAACUUUAUUUAACUUGUUUUGGAACUGACUAAGUGUUCCACUGCCUUUCGUUUAGGGAGUCAAUGGGAGUGAAUUUACUGGUUGCCAUAAAGUUAUUUUUGCAGGAAAUAGUAUACGUUAGAAAGUGCAACAUAUACUGGGUGACACAGAACUGCAAGUGGCUGUGAUUGGCAUUCAAUAGAUUGUUCAUUGGUCUAGAUGGUGGUCUUUUACAAAGAACUUUUUUAAAUGAAGAAGUUGUAAGGGAAAUGUUUUUGUGGAGUUAAAAAUUAACUAAGUUGAUUUCUGUUUAAUCAGACUAUGGUUUUAAGAUGAAACACAUGGUUUGCUUCUGGGAUGACUAAAAUUUUAUUUUAAAUGGACAUGAAUAUUCUGUUAGAGGUAAUGGGUUGACAGUGAAUAGUCUUGGUACUGAUUUUUAUUAAUCUAUUGUGUAUUUUCCCAUUUCUUAAUUAUUUUUGAUAUAAAUCUAUGUGUAAAACACUGGAAUAGAA